GGCGCCCCGCAUUUCCCGGGCUGCAGCAGCUGCCACCAGCACCAGCAGCUGCCCGCCAGGCUCCCUCCCACCUCUGGGUCUUCUGCCAAAGGGGCUUUGCUGUGGUGCCUGUUCAUGCUGCACCCUCUUAAGAAAUGGCUUUCUGAAGUCAACCUCCCUUGCAUUAUGCCUUGCUGGGGCUGACUGAGCUCCUUCCUCCCCAGUGAAGCAGAGGGACGGGAGCAAGGCACCAGAAUCCAGUGCCCACAGAAACGGGCGACUUCACAGGUUUGCUGCUGCCCAGUCCCAUCUCAGCUGCCCCCACCAGUGAUCCACCAGUGAUGCUUCCUCAAGCAGCGCCCUCCCAGCAAUGGCUUGGGAAGCUGGAGGAAGGAGCAGCUACCACUAGACUGGAUGCUGAAGACAACAUCAUUGCAAAUCCAGUCUAGAAUACAGUAAGGAAGGAAACACUACCCUGAAAGUUUAAAGCACAACUACUGUCACUGUGGCAGGGCACUAAGAUGCCUGCUCCUCUAAGAGCAGAGAUUGCCUGGGGAGAGCCCAAAGAUCCAGAUCUACCGUGGCAACUGGCUAACGAGGAAAUUAGCUGCACCUGCACCUGGUCAGCUGGCCAGCAGGGGCAGGGCCCUGGGCCCAUAUAAGCCCCAGGGCUGGGACUAGGGAGCUCAGAUCUCUGCCAGCAGCUGAAGGGGAAGGAGCCUCUGGGGAGGACUGGCCCGGGCCCGGGGCUGUGGCAGCCGGCAGAUACGCUGCCCUAUGGCCUCCAGGAACCCACAAGGAAACAGAUAUUCCCGCUGAGCUAGAAGUCAAACCUGCAACAUCACUUGUUUCCUGCAAAUGCCAGGGACUUGUAUCCGAGUGAAAAUUCACCCAGGCCUGUACCACUUGGCCCCAAUUGGGAGGGACCAAAGCAGUGCCAGUGUCCUAGCUUGCAUUUGUGUUUCUGCUGCGGGUCAAUGCCACCCCCAACCAGACAGCACUGCACAACUCCCCUGUGUCUUCCAGGUCUAUGAUGCUUGAAGCGACCAUUAAUUACACUAGAGAUUGCCGCAGCGAUGCCUCCGCUACAAAAACCUCUGUUUGCCUUAACAGCUGAUGUAGAACUCGAGCCUCAGACAAUGCGAACGCAAGGAGUUGCUGAAAAUCCAGAAUCGCUUAUAGAUUGGAUUAAUUCUUUGGCUGUAAUUAAAAGGCCAAAUUUAAGUGCAGAUAUGCACCAAUCCUUCUGAUUUUUAAAUGAAGACAUGCAUGGAAAUAUAAUCUGGCACCAACUGCUGGAAGAACAGCCAAAAACAAAAUAUUCUCUGCUUCAGAUGCUGGGCAUGCAUUUGGGCAAGAAAAGCUAGAUGAGUUGAGCACCAAGCUAGCGACUUGAAAAUACCACUAGUUUGUUCCACAUGUAAGUGAAUUCCUGCGGGUAUUAGUUCUGCUUCUGUGAAGUUUCAAAGAGUUCACGCGCGUUUCUGAAGGCUUACAAAGGUGUUGCAGUUACAAGUGAAUGAUGCUUCCACUUGUGCUGGGGUAGUGUGAAAGAUGCAGCUACCAGUGGUAGAAACCCCCAAACCAGUCCAACUGCAAUUGUCCAAGUUAGACAAACUCUUAUGGGUUACUCCAGACAAAAUGCCUACUCCGCAAUGUAAAGCAGAUGGACAGAGACGCCUGGGGAGACUAAAAUAUGUGGGGAAAAGAUGACUCUAAAAAUCUCGAUGUCUGGCAAAUAAUAAAAUGAAACAGGGAAUGGCAGGAGGAUGGUGGGCACGGUGUCCUGCCUUGAUGUCAACAGACACCUCGGCAGCUCCAAGACUCUGUCCUGCGAAGCCCUUGAGCGCAUGUAUUACCUUAGGAGCUGAAGUAGCCUCACUGAAGCCAAGAGGGAAAUCUACUCAAGGUAACAAGUGGCCACAAGCGGUUUGCAGGAGCUGUGCACCGGUAACACGCUCGAUUUUCCCCUCUGUGGGGCAGUAACAGACGGGCACCCCCUGCCAUAGGCAGCCAGUGGCAAGGAGUUCAUGGUGGGAGCACGCUGCCUGUCGGGGCUUCAAAAUUCACCCCUUCUAAAACUAAGCAGAGACUGCUGUCCCCUUCACAAGGAGAAAGCACCCAUUCUCGCAGCCCACAGUGCAGCAGACAGACUGGUGCUGGCUUUCCCCUGCCCAGCCUGGUUUCAGUGGCUGUGGGCCCCUGGGCAGCACAAACAACCACUCGCAGGGAAACACGGGCCCCCACAGCCUGCAGAGAAGCCCAUCUGGUAGUUACAUUGCUGCUGGGACCCAGUAUUGCUAGGUGGGGAUGCCUUCCUAUGCUGGCAGCCAGCACGGGGCACUGCCAGGGCUGCAACAGAUGGGCCAUCUUGCUGUAACACAGGGAAUCAAUUCCCAACAGCAGAAGCAAGUGAGCUCCUGUGGGAUCAUAGCCCACUGGAGAUGGUGGGAGAAGCAAGGAUGAGGCUGCGGACAUGGCAUAGGCCUAAUCUGCCCUCCAACACUUGGCUGGCCAAGCGUGGUUCUGCUGGCACAGCUCUGCAGGAGCCUAGUCCCGCUGUGUGGUGGCAGGACCUUCCCCUCUGCCCACGGAGGCAUGCUUCUGCUCCCCUACCUGCUGCCAGCUACUGCUGUCCACGAGCCGGGGCCUGCCCAGGGCAGCUGUACUGCGGUGUCACGGCUGCUGCCAGGGGGCCGCGUAGGAGCCCCAGGAGCACGUGGACAAGCACAUGCUUUGAGAGCUCAUGGUGGCAUCAGAGUGGGUGAGUACAGACAUGGCCCAAGCUAGUCCUUGUUCAAGGAUCCCCAAGAGUCGCAGAAACUCCAGACUAUCCCACACAAGCAGGGCAGCAUCACACUGGUUUACCUCUGUCCACCCAGAAGGGUAAGAUGCACAGUCACCAAGAUGUUCUACCAUUGACGCCAGAUCCAGGUCUCAAGUCAAGCACCGCCGCAAUCUGCUACCACCCACCCAUCAGAGCACAGCCCCUCCUGGCCCUCAUGCCUGCCCACAGGCAGUCAGAUGGGAAGCGACACCCUCUCAGGGAAGUUUAAUUCAACAGUAAAGAUCUACAUCCAAUCCUAGAGGAGCCUAGAAAGGCUCUGGUAGCAGGACCCCACUUUCCAGAGCAAGUCUGAAGGGGAGAGAAGGGCUUUGCCUGCCAUAAGGCUCUGGCUGUCCAGGAAGACGGCAGGCUGCACACGCACCAACGAGGCGUAAGGCAAGAGGCACAAGGCCAGACCCACACAGCUGCUGUUUAGGCAGAUGCCUGGGCAACCAGCCCACCUGGGAACAGCAGGUGUUGGUACCCCCACAGCAGAGCCAUGACCACGGGCUGAGAGGAAGUGUUUCCAAAUGACUCCAAACCAUCACCCAAAGCUCAGAGGUCACCUAGGAGAUCUUAGGGCUUCCCCCUCCUCUCCAUCAUGCUCACUUGUUGCAACCAGACUUAACUUAGCUUCUGGGCCCUUCAGGGCAGGGACUGUGUCGUCACGCCUGUUUACAUGGCACCAGCACAAGGGUGCCCUGCUCCAGGCAGGGCCAGGGAGCGCUAGGGCAGUACAAAACAAAUCAACCCUCAGUGCUGGCGACCAGUUUACAUCCUCAGAGCUUUACAGACAUUGCAGUAGCUGCACUGAGACCCCUGCCAGGUGAGACAAUACUGAGGCCCCCUGCUUUAUUGGUGGGGGAACUGAGGAGAACGGAGCAAGGCUGCGCAGGGGAUCGGUGGCAGAGGCAGCAAUCAAAGGCAGGAAUUCCUGGCCCACCCUGGGGACCUGCAGGGGAGAUGCCUACACUGACCAGAGGGUUCAGGGAUGCAGGGGAGCCAGCCUGCAAGUUACCCUCUAGGGUCAAUGCACUGCAGAGACCCAGAACAGGCAUCUUUCCCAUGGAAGUGCAGGGCAAGGAGCCGGCAGACCUCAGCCUGUGGCACUGCCUGUGCGCUGAGCAGGGUGUGCUGGGCUCCUGGUCUGCUCGGCUGCACUGCAGAGUAGAGGUGUUGCAUACUAGAUUGUAAAUGCUAAAACCCUUCCCUAGCCCUGAGCCACCCGGCACCCAACCCGUGCUGGGUAGCCCCUGUACCCCGGGCACGCUGCCACCCUGGCCCGCUCCGUGCUGCAGAUCUGCUGGGAGCUGGCGAGCACAAUGAUUUUCCAGUAACUGCUCAGUAAUGAGCAUUUGUUCUCCCUGAUGGCCCCUGCAUCCUCACUCCAGCUCUUAAUCACCAGAGAAACCAGAGGGCUCUUAACUCAGUCUUCCUCCAGGCCCCUUAAUAACUCCAGCUCCCAGCUGUCUGUGACUUGUGUAUCCUGGAUGUGCAAGGUCCCUGCGUAGGAUGGGGCAGGCUGCUGAGAUGCAUUUGCUGAUUAGCAGGUCAGCUGAGGGCACUGCUGAAACCUCAGCCCCGGGAGCUGGAAACGCACUGCUCGGUGGCGGCGAUGGAGAAACGUCAGAGCGGGGAGGGGCAGGGCGGACUUAGAAAGUUCUGUUCUCGGAGAAAUCUGCUGCUGCUAUGAGGUUUUAGACUCCCGCGUGCUUCAGCCAUGCACCGCUGAAGCCACUGAGCCAUGUGGCUGGCUGGCACCUCCUGCAGCCAAAGGCACUGCCACUUCCACUGGGAUCCUGGGCUCUGCCGUGCCAGGACAGCCCAGCAGCCUGGUGCAGCUGGGCAAAGCACAGCACGCCUAACUGUCAGACCCAGGUGUAUCUUCUGUAGGUCUGGCCCAGAACAGCCAAGCAGAUUUUUCCAGGCUAUUGGGAUGACCUGACAACUCUGCUUUGUGCUGCUCUUAGCCCCUUUCACCAGAGUCCACAGGCCCCACAAUAAACCUCUCCAACGUAAGCAAAGCAGCACAGGGAUCAGACCCCAGUAUCCCCCCAGACCAGUACUUGGCCAGAAUCUGCUGUUCCACAAGAGGGACCAGGACCAUGAGGCGGGCAGGUACACGUGGGUCUCAUCCCUGGCUCUACAACGUAGGUAGAAACAGCCCAAGGCUUUUUCUACCUACUUGCCUCCCGGGCAAGUUCACGGGAGCACAGGAUGAAUUGCUAUGGGCAGCAAGAUGGCUGGGGACCCCAGGAGGGAGCUCACCAGAGGACACAGUUGCAUGCUCCAGAGAAGCUGCACAGGCAGCAAGAUGGAGCAACGGAGAACCAGCCUCCCCAUGGGAUGUGAUAGAAAGCGCCCUGCUCAGAAAGUUACAGUUAAAUGGAGCAAAGCCCUAGUAUCAGCGCAGUCCGUUCAGUCCAAAAGGGGUGGAGGAGAUGCAAUAUUUCUUCCACGCUCCCAAGACCUGGUCACAUCUCCAUCUGGACAAGGCCCAGCAGCCUUGGGAGAUGAAACGGCCUGUGGUACCGUGGCCAAUGCUCACAGCAGAGCUCGCCUGACACUCUCCCAGCAGGAGCACAUGGACCAAGCGCUUCCCUAGAUGCAAACCAUCUUCCUCGUCAGAGCCCCUGUGCUCUGGGCUGCAUUCCUGUGCCCCUACCCCUCCGCUACAGCCACAGAACAGAGGGCCCAUUCGGGACCCAGAGCCAGCCCCCUCCUACGCUACCCACUGGCUUCCUGCUCCCCUGCAGCAGAGGGGCACAGGACAGAGUUCCUUUCCCACAUUCCUCCCCUGCCACUAGCCAUGCACGCCCCCACGGCUGCUCCCCGGCCUCUUCAGCGGGUCAGCCACGUAACUCUGUGCAAAGAGGGCUGGUCUCAGCACGGUCCCAGAGGAGAGGCAGCACCAUCACCACUGGUCCCAGCUGCUGCAUCACAGGCAACGUCACCAGGCCCCACAGACCGCGCUGCUUCCUCCCAUCUGGUCUCUCUCGUACAAACCACAGCAGCAUUGCUAAUCACCGCAUGGGGCAGGAGGAGGAACAGCCAGGCCCUGAGGUCUACCUGCAGCUUGGGUCCAGACAGCACGGCAGAUCCAGCCUGCCUCGGCCCGUUCCUACACCGGGGACCCCACCUGCCUCUCCAUCUUCCCUUGGGAACACAAAGGUGCUCUGUAGCGCCCACAACAAAGCAGCCUUGGCGUGUGGGAGGCGACAGUGGAGGAGGGGAGCCCCCACAGCCAAGAGCUUCUGGAGAGCAGGCUGCAGCCAACGUCCCAGCGAUGCCUCCCUCUGCCUUGAACAGGAACAGGGGGAGUGCGUCAGACUGCAUCCCCUCCGGCCCAUCAGCCAACCACUCUGCCCCAAACACAACCCCCUCCGGGCACCAGGCCAAGCCAGGCACAACCGAGCCACGGCGAGACUCGAGUACAGCAACAACCAAGGCAAUCGCCCAGAAGCGAGGGGGCAGCUGGUCCCCACGGCACUGCCCCUGCACAGAGCUCACCCCGCCACAGGUCCACAGCAGCGGCGCUCCCGGCUCUCCCGGAGCAGCACGGGCAGCUGGAAGAGAGCUGAGUGCAAUGGGCCUGGCCUGCUGCGUUAGCAGGGCUCCAGCCCUCUCCAGCUGAAGCCACCAGGAACGUUCCUGCUGGAUUCAACGGGAACCAGACCCAGCCUUUUCUCAGCACCUCGGGCCGCAGGAACAGGCAGCCUCCUGUGGGGGCGAUCAGGAUCGUGGCCCCCCCAGCUCCCGGGAGCCAGGCUCCUGCACCAGACUCUCUGGAGCGACGGCUUCCAUGUCCCACCUCCCUUCGCACUUGGCUUGAGAGACUGCACAGCCCAUCCGGCUCUGCACUCUCCACCUUCGCCUGCAGCGGGGAUCACAGCUGCCCCCCACAGGCCCCCCCAGCACCCACGUGGGCAGCAGGUGGCCCCUGCCCCGGGGAAGCAGAUGGAGGAGCCAGGCUAGACGGUGAGAAAGCAGCGCUCGUGAUACCAAGCGAGUGGGAGGCGAGCACGCAUCAGGCCAAGCGGAGGAAACACGGAGCAUGGGCAGCAGAAAGUCCAAGGGAUGCAGGAUGCUGUCUGCAUGGGUCUCGGGCGUCUCAGCCCCAGGUCCCAGCUGCAGGCGUGCAGCUAACAAAAGCAAGGAACGUGGGACAUGGCCCCCAUUUGGCCAGGAGGUGGGGAUGCCCCCACGCCCCCCAGGGCUGACCCCCUUUCAGCAGCCGGAGAUCCCUGCCACCCCACAAUGAAGAAACUGCCAGGCCCGUGCCCCUCGUCAGCCCCACACAGGGCGCUGGGAAACAGGAACUCGGGGCUACGAUUAGAAAGGUUACUGGAGCCGGCCCAGGCCGGGGGGCCAGGAGAGCAGCUCCUCCCGCUGCAGAGCAGGUGACGGGGUCCCAUGCCUCCUAUAUCAGCCGAGCCCACAGCCAGCCCUCCCGCUGCCCCCACACAGCGUUAGGUCCCAUCUCCCUGUUCCUGUUACCCUGUUCAACUCAUGUGGUUACACGUACAAAUCGGACAGAAACGCAUUCCUUGGGCCCGACCUGGCCCAGGAUGGCAAAGCCGGAGUGGGCUCAGGUGGCUCGCACGGGGAGCUCCUGAACUAGCCGUGCUCCCUGCGUGACUCACGCAUGCCUCCUAUGCUGCCUGCAAUACCUCACACCACAAAAGCACUGCCAGUGGUCUCCCAGGGGGUGCGCACGCCACCUAGAUUAGCUUUUCUUAGAAGGGAAACCACCAGGUCACGUUCGGCCCCGCACCUUAACCCUGUUGAGGCCAAGUUGCUGCAGAAUCCAGGACCCGCCGGGCAUCUCCCCACAGCGGAGCAGACCUCUCCAGAGGCAGCAAGACGGCCCGCUGCCGCAUCUGCACCCAAGCUGUGGCACCGAGCCAGCGCCUUGUAGCGCAAAGCCAAACCAACCCCACCUUGACUCCCUGGGGGCAGUCCUGCCAGCAAACCCCGAAGGUCUACAGUGAGCAACACUGCCCCAAGCCAAGAUGCCCCCAGACAGCAGGGCAACACCAAGGUCUGACCAGAGAGCACUGAGCAACGAGCUGAACUCCUGUCUCCAGAGCACAAGCGGGGCGAGCAUGCUGGGUCUCAGUCAGCUUGGAAGGCAGCAGCGUCCAGCGCUCCAGAGGGAGCCCAGGGGCCGGUGGGACAAGGGACCUGCAGGGCAGACUUGAGGUUCAGCGAUUAAACUGUGUGGGGCCUCAGAGCCUGGUUUCACAAACUAAAAAUGAAUUUUUUUUUUUUUUUUAAGUGAGCCAAACUGAAAUGAAGACAAGCUGGAUGAAGGCCUGAACUUACUAUACUCUAUUCCAAACAUUUAAGUGAAAUAAGAAAUAAUAUUCUAGCAGUCUGUGUUCACCACUGGACUUGUGCAGAGUGUCAGAUGCCCAACCUGAAGAAAGGCCCUUGCUAAGCAGCUGGACCCAGUCUGCUGAGGUGACGAACCAGCCCCGGAUGGCUGCACCCUUUUCUGCAGGUGCAGGAAGAAUAUUUUCUUCAUUUUGCUUUAUUCUCCACAGUCUAGCUCAAUGACUGGUUCACUCAAACUGAGAAGCUGGCUGGGAGCUGCAAGAGCAAGAAAGCUCGUUUUCUUCUGCAAUGUAUGAGUGAAGCAAGGGCCCAGGCCUGCCAUUUCUAAGAUCUGCAAGGACACGGGGUGGAGGCCUGCAUCUUUCUCAUCACCUGGAGUUGUCUACGUGGCGUUUCUGGCACUCAAGCACAGUUAGCCAUUCCAGAUGCCAGUCUGGAUGCAUGACCAUGCACACAUGAUGGCUGCACAUACCUGCCCUGGUGGCAACAAAAUGGAAGAGGCAGUGGCCCCAGCCUUGAUUUAGGCCCAAAGGGGAGGCACUUAGAGCAUUUGUCUGGGCAGCUGGAGACCCCCCCCCGCCCCACUUCCUAGAGAGGACUGUGAACCUGGGUUUCUCUCAGCACAGAGCUCGAACCACCAUGCCGUAAGCCAAGGGCUCUCCGGCACUCCGCCUCAAGCUGAGCUGCUGCCCCUUGCAUUCGACAUGGUCACCGGAUAAAACAGAUGCAGAGCAGUGCAGGGGGAAGCUCCAGGCUAGAUCACAGCGCGCCAUCCCUUCCAGGCCAGCAUUCAGCUGAUGGAGCCACACAACUUCUGGGUUGCUGGUCUCCUCCUAGUCCCACCUGCCUCCCUCUCUGGCUGCCCAGAGUGACAGCUGCAAAGGGCACGCUGCAGAGGGGUCUGGAUGACUCCGGUCCUGCUCCUCCUGCUCCAUCUAGCAGGUGCUAAUCUAUGUUUUCAGGUGUUAGACGCUGCAAGAGGUGCUUCCACACAGCUGGCACUGAUGCAGCCAGCUGCACGUGCCCGGGCUGUGCAUUUACAGUCAUCUACACAGGCAGCCCCACGCAUCUCAGACUGGAACGGCUGUCUGCACAGGACUGCCAAAAAUGCCAUGCAGAUGACCGAAAACCAGCCACUUCAAUGACCAGAGACACAGAACUCCAGCCGUGCUGAUCAGAGGCACUUUGAUUCAUCAGCCAGGCACGAGAACUCUGAUGGCUGAUAAAUCAUUUCCAUUAUGUCAAAGCAAAGCAUGUUUGGAUAUUUUCUCCUUUAACACAUCCAACUGUUCUAACAAAGAAAAGACUAUUUUCAAAUGUUGCGCUUCUGCAUUUUUUGUGAAAUUCUACAUUUCCAUCCAAAAGCAACACAGUGCAAAUCAGAAAUAAAUGAUUAAGCAUGGAGUAGAUACAAAAUAUAAAUCAUCAUCUGUACGCAACCAAAAGGGGAGAAAUAACAAUGUAAAAAUAUGCUAAGCUAUGUUUAAGUGUGCAUGUAGUGCAUCCUUUUGGUUGGUAAUCGAAGUAUAAAUUUAGAACAAAGGCUAUAUUUAGUUGCGAAUCACCCUCACCCUGUCUUUAUGGCUACCAACCAUCGAGAACCAGCCUCUCUCAAGCACAAUAACUGAAAAACAAAACAAACGCAAAGCAAGCUUAAAAUUGAUUAUUUAAAUCAAGGUUUUUGGCUUCCUGAUUUAAAUCAUGAUUGCCAAAGUCAAUCCAGCCUGUAAGGCAACUCUGUGGGUCAGGACCUGGCUCCUCAGGGCCGGUCACAGAAGGAAGUUUCUCCACUGCCCCACUCCCCCAGGGACCACGUGGCAGAACAGCCCUGAGGUUUGCUCCAGCCUGGCUGGACACUGUGCUCUUGGGGCAGGGCCUGUGCCACCGGCACUGCCAGCAGCCUGCCUGCUGUGGCCUGCCACAGCCACACUCGGAGCACCUCUCUCACAAGACAUUGCGCCUCCUAGAAGGAGAAAGCCCCUGGGGCUGCGUCGCUCCCCAUGCCCCUCCCCAAGCAGAGACGCUGCAGGCUGCUCCCCUGCACUGGGUCAUGCCCUACAGGCUGCCUCUGCCAACAGCAGGAGAGGGAAUGAGCACCCACCUGCCCACAGCUUGGGCUAUGGACUCUGGAGACGGGGGCAGCAGUGGCAGGAGAGAGAAGGAAAAGCAGAAAGAGGAGCAGAAGGCACCUAUAGAAAAGCAGCACCAUGAUCUAGUUAUUGUAGGAAAGACUGGAGUGAAGCCCGGAAGAGAACCGAAGUGGAAAGCGACACAGGGGACACAGCACCGAGGGCUGGUCCAGCAAUAUUCACUCAUUUAUUAUUCAGCAAAUUACACUCAUUAGCCAAGUAAUUGAUUUGACAAAAGGGGGUUUCCAUCAGCUCAGCAGCAAAUGCUGGUGACACUUGUAUCAUCUUACACGAGUUGCAUGUGACUUGUCUGCUGCUCCCCCAGCCAAAAGAGAGAAGUUAUGUUUUAGAAAAUAAACGAUUGAACAGAAAACUUGAUGGCAAUACUGCCGCUCGGCAUCAACCUAUUGUACAGGCCAGUCUAGCAAACGCUUGCACGUGGCCCGCACUGCUGGGUUCCCAUCAGUGGGGGUCAUCUGUCAUCACCCGGGAGUCCCCACGUGCACACACCAGUGCAGUGAAGGGCGGCACAACGCAGCCGGGACAUGAGCCCUGCACCACUAACACAAUGCAGUGCAGACCCACUCCAGCGACAGCGGGACUGGCAGCUACAGGUUCCCAGUCCUACCCGCCAUGCACCACGUCUUCUGCCAACGCAGCUCUCCCAGCAAGGAUGUGCAGCCCUACCCAGACAGCCAUGUGUGGACACACCCUCAUGCCAUAGCAGUAGCAGCAGACACAGGCCAAAGAGAGCUCUGGUGAUGGGGCUUUCCAGUGGGGACAUCAACUGAAGCCUCACAUGUAGUCCCAUUUCCUUCCAGGGACUGCUCCUUCCAGUACCACUACCGGCAGGCAGGAUCAGGCCCUUAGCCUUCCCAACUGCAAGGGGGAGAUAUUCCAGAUGCUUCCCUCGUCAAAGCUGGCAAGUGCUGGGCACAUCCUUUUAGCUCUUUCAGAAAGUCACUGUGAGGCCUGAGCAUUUCCAUGCAGUGUUGCAGACGAGGUGAACACCAGAGUGCACUGCCUAUGUGGGGGAACGAGAGCGCCCCAAUACCCGAGACACCACAUCUCCUGC